ACAUGUGAUCAACAUCAUGUAUACUCUCAAAAUAAGUAUUUUUAAUAAAUGUAAAAUAUACGAUUGGCCAAAAGCUGCCGCGGUGUUUAUCCCUCGCGUAGGAAUCUCGCGCAGGCUAAAUCGUGAAGGGAUUAUUGUCCGGGAUACAUCGUUUUUGUACAAGCGGACGAUUCGCCAAGCGUGGAAACAGUCGUCUUGGAGCCCUUCGUUUAAUCAACAGCUGCUGUCAGGAGUGUCAGGCUCCUUGGGGCGCGCGCGGCCAGAGGCCGAUCUCGGGAUCGCGAUGCGGGAUGACAACGACGACGCGGAGCGGGUGCUGGACGCGGAGCAGUGGCGGCUGGAGGCCCAGGCGGUGAUCAACGACGUGAAGAAGCACGUGCGGGACCUGAGGGUGUCCGAGCGGCUGACCAGCACGAACCAGGUCAUCUACCUGAACCUGAUCACGCUGGAGGGCCUGCGGUUCUGCGUGGAGCUGUCGGCCACCGGCUUCGCCGUCGUCGGCAACCGGCACGACGACACGUCGAACGCGGGCAACGAGCGCUUCGAGACGCCGUACAGCCUCCUGAACUUCGUCAGUCCGCAGUACAGGAACUCCUUCGGGAACGCGCUGCUGGACAAGCUGAAGGAGCUGAGCGAUGAGCAGUAGAGUUCGCGCGGUGGAAGGCGGCGAGGAAGCUGCGUUCCUGCUUUAGGUCUAGGUUGAGCUUGAGUGCGGUUAAUUGAAUCGCGUCCGUCACUUCUAGUCAGUAUCGUGGAAGGUGCGUCCGGGGAGCGCGCUCUUAGCGCUAAAAGCGUCUUCUAUCUUUAUUCGACACUAUAGUGAGUGGCGAAGGUGGACCAAUGCUUUCAGCACUAAUAGCGUCUCCCCGAACGUAAUCUGGAAUGGAACAGUUCACUCUGCAGAUUGUGAACUAUUUUGGAUAAUCAGUCGACACAAUAGCGGGACUGAAGUCCAAGAAUGUUCUCAGGUGCUGCGUCAAUGCGUUUGGGUACUCAUUUAAGCUCCGUUCGUCAUUACGUUUGUAAGCAAGAUCCGUAUUCUUGACGAAUAAAUCGCAAAAUGGAAUGUAAUCUUAGGUCUGUCCGGACCAACUUAAGACCCGCGUCCACGAUGCUGGAACCUGGUCCGAGUUCUAGUUCCGAGAAUUGUGUGUAUAGCCAAUGUGUAUAUCAAUCAACUUGCAGCUUUUACGGAACACGGAAUUACAAGUAUCUAAUUUUAUAUCCUUUCUUUGCGCCUCAAGUCGUACUUUGUGUAUCCCGUAUAUACAGAAUUGUAGCGACGACCGUCUUACAUGUACAUUCCGCUCGCUCUCGAAUCGUAAUACCGCAACGAACGGCUCCGUAAUGCGAAACGACGCAUGUUAAAUAACAGAUGGAAAAUGCGACUGGAGUCUUUGAAAAUACAACACCGAUCCCCCCGGUCGAUACUUUGAUUUGCGUCACUUUUAUUCUAGACUGUAUUGUAGACUUGUAAAAUAAUUUCUGGUAUUUUAGAAUCCCAAUCGAUUCUCCAA